CUCCUUCCUUCCACUCUACCACAUACCAAAGAGAGGACAAUGGCUGACGCACUGGUUGCUGCUAGCAUACAGAUUGUCUUGGAAAAGUUAGUUUCUGCCACCACUGAUGUGAUUGGUGUGGCUUUUGGAGGAUUCAAGGAGGAGUUGGAGAAGCUAAAAGGAUCUGUUGCCAUGAUCCAAGCUGUCAUGGCUGAUGCUGAGAAGAAGCAAGUGCAGAACCAGGACGUGCAACUAUGGUUGAAGAGGCUUGAAGGAGUGGCUUUUGAUGCUGAUAAUCUGUUGGAUGAGAUCAACUAUGAAUUUCUUCGUCGUAGGAUGGAGACUCAAAAUCGUCUCAAGCAAAAGAGACUAUCAUUGGUUGGUCAGCCUCAAUCAGACUCUCUGCCCGUACAGCUUCAAUACCUUACUAGCCUGACAGCACUAGGUCUACAUGGUUUUGGAGUGGAAGUUUUACCAGACUGGUUGGCGAAUCUUGCAUCCCUUGAGGAACUACGGCUAGAUGGUUGUGAAAAGCUUCAGCAUUUACCUUCCACUGCUGCCAUGAGGCGCCUCACCAAAUUAAAAUUCCUGGGAAGUUUUGGUUGUUCUCUCCUAGAGAAAAAUUUCACUCCUGGCGCUACAUCCGAGUGGCCCAAGAUUUUUAAUAUUUCCCACAUUCAAUUUGAGGACAAACCUAUUGGGGCUUACUGAAAUUUCAUUCUGUCUGAAAGAUUCAUGAAAACAGCAGAUGUUGCUUGAUUUCCAACCAGCAGAUCGCUGCAUGCAAGUUCCUAGCUUGUUAUUUCUUCUUGUUCUU